AUGAUUGUCAGCAACCCAAACAAGAAGGAGCUGAAGUACAAAAACGGGCAUGCGGCCAUGAAGGAGUGUGUCGACUGCUACAUGGCGGCCUAUGAAGAGCUGCUUUCCGUGGGCCAGGUGCCUCGCUACUACACCAUUGAGGAGAUUGCCAGCAAGCACCUUGAAACCUCCCUUCCAAUGGGCGGAAGUUGGUCGGCCAGUUCCGAUGUACAUGUACAAGGGCGAGCAGAUGGGUACCGGGCCUGGUUCAAUGUCGUGGCGGGAACUGAAUGGCUCUGGAUUUGCCAGGUUGCCGCAUUGGGCGUGCGGAUGUAA